AUGGCCUCCGGGCAACCAUUCGCGUCGCGCUCUUACGCCGGCACCAAGCUCCCCGAGCGCUCCAUCAACAACGCCAUGCCCUUCAGCGCCUCAUCAUUCUCACGGCAUCGAGGUCUCAACGCUCCUCAAAACGACUUCCCCGAACCCGCCAAACAGCAGCCCGCCCCCGCAAAUGCACAAUCUCACGGUCCAGCGCAGGACACAAAUCCCUUGAACCGCUUGACAGAAGAGCAGCGCGAGGAGAUCAACGAGGCCUUUACUCUCUUCGAUCUCGAUCGCGACCGUCACUUGGAUUACCACGAACUCCGCGUUGCCUUCCGUGCCCUCGGCUUCACACUGAGUAAACAAGAGCUCAUCUCUCUUUUGACGACCUACGGCGUUCCCCGUCCCCAGGUCCAGCAGCAGGCGAAUGGUCCGCCUGCAUCGAAUAAGGGUCCUGUUUCGAAUCCCCAGCAUCCAUCGAACCUACUCAUGCCGCUCUCGUCAUUCCAGGCCGUGACCGCGCUGAAGAUUCUGGAGCGGGAUCCGCGCGAUGAGAUCCUUCGCGCGUUCGAGCUUUUCGAUGAGGGUGCAAAGGGGUAUAUUGAUCUGGAAGAUUUGAGGCGCGUGGCGCGCGAGUUGGGUGAGACUGGUCUUGAGGAGGAGGAGCUCAGGGCUAUGAUUGAGGAGUUUGAUUUGGAGGGGGCUGGUGGUGUUACUCGUGAGGCCUUUGUUGGUAUUUGUUGGCAAUGA